AUGGCUCCGCCACCUGCGGUGCCGGAAGCGGACCACCAGGAUGACGACGACGACAUCCCGGAAGGGACCGGGGUAGACCUGAGAGUGGCGGUACGUAGGCUCAAGGCCAGGAAUACCGCCCCAGGACCCGAUGGCUUGCCUGGCAAAGCCUGGGUCCUGGCCUCGGAGGCUCUCGGGCCCCGACUGGAGGGGCUCCUAAGCGCAUGCUUGGAGAGAGGCCAAUUCCCGCUUCGUUGGAAGACGGGGAAGCUGGUCCUCAUUCGGAAGCCGGGGCGCCCUGCGGACUCUCCGUCCGCAUACCGGCCCGUGGUGCUGCUCGACGAGGUGGGCAAGCUCUUUGAAAGAGUCAUUGCAAACCGCCUCGCCGAGCACCUUGCGGGGACGGGGCCGGAUCUUGCGGAACACCAGUUUGGUUUCCGCAAGAGGCGCUCUACGGUGGACGCCAUCAUGCGCGUAAGAGCCCUCACGACGGGGGAUGCAGUGGCCAGGGGGGGGGUUGUUUUGGCGGUGUCUCUCGACAUCGCCAACGCCUUCAACUCCAUGCCCUGGAGCUGCAUUAGGGAGGCACUCCGGUAUCACCGGGUGCCGACCUAUCUCCGUCGUAUAGUCGGGGACUAUCUGACGGAUAGGGCCGUCAUCUACCCCGGUCGCAACGGUGCAAUGUUCUGGUGGACGUUUUGUUGCACUUUAAGCAUAUUAGCCCAUGAUGUACAUUCGGAGACGUCAUCUGUUUUAGAUUCUUCACAAACCAAUUUCGAACCAUUAAUAGAUUACUUUAAAUGUAUUGAAUUCAAAAACAGUCCUACAAUCCCCACAAUAACGCCAUAUGAACUAGAAACCAAAAACGAUUCAAAAACAAAGAAACUGUCAUGUAGAUCUACUCCAACCACUUGUAAAAAAGACCCAUAUAGGUCUUUUGAUGGUACCUGCAAUAAUUUAGAAAAUCCUUCUUGGGGUGCAGCGAAAGAACCCUUUGCGGAAUUAGUAAAUAAUAGCUAUGCAGAUGGUGUGGACAAAUUUCCUGAAACAUUAGAGGAUGAACAAUUACCGAAUCCCCGUGCGAUUAGUCUACUAGUUUUUCCAGACAAAAAUAUUAUUGAUUAUAAAUGGAACCUCAAUACAAUGCAGUGGGGUCAAAUAAUUGCCCACGACAUGUCUUUCAGUGGUAGAUCCACACUUAGCUAUAAUAAUCCUGUGAUAUGCUGCGAUAACGAAGGCCAACUGACAUCCGAAUCUUAUAAUAACCCUUUCUGCGCGCCUAUAAUCAUUCCUGAGAUUGAUGUUAUCAACAAAGCAUAUGGAAGGGAAUGUAUGGAAUUUGUGAGAACAAUUUCAACAAAGGAUAUUAACUGCACUUCCUCAAAGUCGCCCUCUUUCCCGAUAAAUGAAGUCACGUCCUACCUGGAUCUCUCUUUGACAUAUGGUAAUAGUAAGAAACAAGCUGACUCAUUGCGUGAAGGUCGAGGGGGCCGCUUAAAAGUAAUUAAACGUAAUGGCGGAACGUGGCCACCUCAGGCGGCUAAUGUACUGCAGAUCUGUUCCGGAGCAACCACCGCUGAUGAACCAUGCUACGUAGCUGGUGAUCCAAGAGUAAAUCAAAAUCCUCAACUAACUGUUCUACAAGUGAUUUUACUUAAAGAACAUAAUCGUAUUGCUGAUGCAUUGUCUUACAUAAACAAACAUUGGGACGACGAAAAGAUUUACCAAACAGCACGGCGAAUUCAUAUAGCAAUUAAUCUAUAUAUUCAUUACUAUGAGUUCCUGCCAAUAUUGCUAGGUGUGGAAAAUAUGGUAAAGAAUAAACUUAUAUAUCCAAACGCAAAGGGUUAUGUUAAUGAUUACAAUCCAAAUGUAAAAGCAACAGUGCUCAAAGAGUUCGCGACAGCUGCCUUUAGAUAUUUCCAUACGUUGAUACGUGGACAAUUAAGACUAUACACAGAGUAUCGAUUUCCGUACCGGUCUAUAAGGUUAAGUUACUGGAUGAACAAGCCAUCAAUACUUGAGAAUAAUAAUGGCUACGAUGGCUUAGCGAUAGGUUUAACUUUUCAAGCCCAAGAUAAAAGUGACCAAUACGCCGACAUUGAAAUUACUCAAUACUUAUUUAAGGGAAACCAAACUCUCGGUAAGGAUUUGAGGGCUAUUGAUAUUCAACGUGCUCGAGAUCAUGAUGUAGGCAACUACAUUGAUCUUCGAUCUUAUUGCGGUCUUUCAAUCCCAAAGACCUUCAACGAUAUGUGUGACUACAUGUCAAUAAAGAACGUAAAAGCACUUAAAUCCAUAUAUAAAAGAGUAGAAGACAUUGAACUUACCGUAGGAGGAUCAUUGGAGAAACAUGUGCCUGGUACUUUAGUUGGGCCCACUUUUCUCUGCAUCUUACUUCGACAGUUCUACAUCACGCGCGUUGGUGACCGAUAUUUUUUUGAAAAUGGAGAGGACAAGGAAAUCGCUUUUACUCUUGAACAACUAGAAACGAUUCGCAAAGGAUCUUCAAUGGCGCGCUUAUUCUGUGAUAAUGGCAUUAACAUAAAGAAGAUGCAACCAAAAGCCUUCGAAUUGGUGUCUCCAUGGAAUCCCAUUGUCCCAUGUGAUCUGUUGCCAUUUGUUAAUUUAACGCUUUGGAAAGACAUAAAAUAA